AUGUCGUCAACAGCCACCGUUACCCAAAAUGGGAGCGCUAAGACUAUGAAGUCCCAGAUCGUCGUCAAGCAGGAUGUUCCUAUACCUACCCCUGGUCCCAAUGACCUUCUCGUCAAGUUGUCGGCUUCGUCACUAUGUAUGAGUGAUAUGGCAGCGUAUGCGGGGCACCUUGGGGAAAGGGCUCCCGUGUGCUUAGGCCAUGAACCUGUCGGUAUCGUCGUCGAAGCUGGUGCUGGCGUGGUCGGGUUUGCCAAAGGCGACCGAGUAGGCUUCAUGCCGUUCAAGGGGAUGUGUGAGGACUGCGAAGAAUGUCUAAGCGGCCAAUCGAGAUUCUGCGAGAAGAAAGUUGGAGGGAUGACGGAGCUGCAUGGUGGCUUCUCUGAAUACGCGAUCGCUGCGCCGCUAUCAACUGUCAAGAUACCGGAAGGGCUGACUGACGAGGAAGCCGCGCCGUUGCUAUGCGCUGGUGUCACAGCAUAUAACGCUCUCAAAGUGGUAGCUAAAGAGCAACCGGGCGGUACGCCGCUAAACAUCAUUGGUGUAGGCGGAGUUGGUCAUUUAGCAGUUGCGUAUGCAAAGGCUUUCGGAUAUCGUGUCACAGCCUUUGAUAUCGCAGAAGACAAGCUCGAACUCGCCAAAAAAUACGGCGCAACAAAAGGCGUCAACACCCUGACCCUCAAGGACGAAGACAUCGUAAAAACGCAGACCACUAUCGUCAUUAGUGGUGCAGCGCCAGCAUAUGCGCUUGCCGUGAAAACGACUAAGAAUCACGGGAGGAUAAUAGCUGUCGGCGUGCCGCAUGCGCCGUUAACGUUCAAUGUGCUGGACCUGAUCCUCCGGGAGGUUUCGAUCGUUCCUAUUUGCCAAGGCUCGAAGCAGGAUCUUGAUGAGUCGUUGAAGAUGGCGGCAGAGUAUGGGAUCAAGCCGACGAUUCAGAUCAAGAAGAUAGGGCAGCUGUACGAGGGUUUCCAGUCGAUGGCGAAGGGAGAAGUUACGGGGCGGUUGGUAUAUCGGUUCGACUAA